UCUUCCUGCAGUAGGUACCACGCGUGCAUGGAACGUGUCCGUCUUUCUUGCUCGUCGUGACGGAGAGGCAGCUAACUAUAGGUGCUAUACACGGUUUACUCUCGCGCAUUAAUUGCCGUCGUAAAUUGUUGCACCUUUGCAAUGGAGUGGCAGCACCGUGUAGAGUAGGCUCUAAAUAGACGCGGGGGUGGAAAAUGGUGCAGACCGUUAGGUGUGUUGGAUUGUGAAUUGGCGGUACCGCCGGAUUAAAUAGAGGUCCAAGGAAGCUACAGUCACGGGCUUCACUCUGCAACCAUCCUUCCGGUUAUUACCUAUUUAAAAAAAUAUUCAAUGAAAUUUAUUUAUUAUAGUCUUUUUUCUUUAGGAUUAAAUGUUAUAUCAAUUUCAAUUUUUAAUCAAGUUUAUCAACCAAGGGGGCCCUCGAAUAACAGAGUAUCGUAGAAUUCGGACUGCAAAUUGGCGAAUAACUCGCUAAGGAACAAGCAACGUCGUAUUUACAUUGUUUAUUACUCGACGUGCGUAUCUGUCGUUGGUGACACACGCCAUGCCGGAAUUUGCUGUUCAUUACUUUCACAGCUCACAGCAUGUUACGUAAGUACCUCGUAAUUCUUAAUUCGCGACGUUUUAAUGAUAGCCGUGAACACAGAAGCACAGAGAUUUACCGAUACGUUGCUAGACAGAAACCAAUUUAACCUUCGAGCUCUAGCUCUAGCGUCGUGUAAUUGAAUGAAAAGCUGUUCGCAAAAUUUGACCAACAGCUAUCGAACACCUACAUUAUUUAAAGUUUGACUUCCCUUCUUUUUUUUAAUUGAUUAUUUGACUAUACUAAAAAGACGACGCGACGGUAAUUAGUGAUCACAGAGAAUAGACAGAAAAACCCUCAAUUCCAAUUGAAACAUUAUACAUGCGUUAAACCCUAACUCGUUAGAGGAAGGACUAGGGGUUGUCACGAAGGCGCACGCGUAUCCGCGCACGCAGUCACGCGUGUACGCGAGAUUACGAACGAGGCGCGACGCGACGCCGAAACGGCGAGCAAUUGCGGGCCAGCUGUGGCUCUCUCUCCAGAAUCCGGGGCCCGUUCCUCGCGGACGGUCCCAACUCGCCUCGGAUACCUGCCACCAGGUGUCUCCACGAGCAGUGCCCAGCAGCGAGAGGCAAGAGCAGUCGUCGGGGCGCUUUCGCACCGCCAGCAUCGCGUGUGUGUCUUCUCUUUGCAGUUUUCUCGUUUGUGAACCGUCUCGCGAUCGCUCAUAAACGAUUUCUCGCGAUUAACCCCGAGUAUGAAGUCGUCGGUAAUCGAUUUCGAACUGUGAACAAAACUGUGCUCGUUUGGACCCAUCCGCAAGGACCCACAGAGCUCACCUUCGCCAAUGGUGCCGGCAACACGUCGGCAACCCCUGAUCCUGACCCAGGACGAUUUUAACAAAGGGGGAGGAUGCAACAGCAACAGCAACAGCAACAGCAGGACCAAGAGCAGGAGCAGGAGCAGGAGCGGGGAAUCGUAAUGGUCCCGUCUUCUUCGGCAUCUACCAGUACAGAGCUCAGGGAUGUCGCCAGUGUCACAGAGGCGGGUCUCCCGAAUUUUACCCUGCAGAGUGUGGCCCUAGGACUACAGGGAGCUCUCCUGGCAGCUCUUCAGAGAGCAGCCUUGCUACCUCCCGGACACGCCGCAGCUGCAGCUUUGAAUCUUCAGGCCUUAGAGACUUAUCUGACCCUUCAUCGCCUUCAUGCCAGCAGUGCAGCACCCGGUGUCAACCAAUCUGGCUCUUCAGGGCUGACUGCUACCAGUAAUCAGAGGUGCUCUCCCAUAAAUACUGGACUCGAAAACACCCUGACAUCGACGGCACAGUCGAAAAAUGAUCAGUUAGUCGCCGAGAGGUUGUUGCACUCCGCCGAGGACGAAGAGGAAGCGCGGUUGGAUUUUAUUGGAGACACUGAGGAGGAUUUGGCUCUUCUCGAGGAACAGGAAGUACUGUUGCGAGACACUUCUGUAGCGACUUCCUCCGCGAAUCAUGAGGUGUUGUUGCGACGGAUAUCCGAUGGGAAUCGAGUCAAUUCCAGCUCUACGACGGUGCAACAAUCGAAUCUGUCUCAAAUCGUUGCUUCUUCGUUUACAUCUCCGGCUUCGUCGUCGGUUUGCUCUUCCUCCUCUUCGUCCUCGUUGUCCUCCUCGUCGCCGCUCCAGGCCACGUCCACCUCCGCUGAAUCGAGUAUACCGCGGACGUGCAGGGCAUCAAGGCCGAAAAAACAGUUCAUCUGCAAGUUCUGCAGCAGACAGUUCACCAAGAGCUAUAAUCUACUGAUACACGAGAGAACGCAUACCGAUGAGAGGCCCUAUUCGUGCGACAUUUGCGGCAAAGCUUUCCGACGGCAGGAUCACCUGAGGGAUCAUAGGUAUAUCCACAGCAAGGAAAAGCCUUUCAAAUGCGCCGAGUGCGGUAAAGGAUUCUGUCAGAGUAGGACUCUAGCCGUUCACAAGAUCCUGCACAUGGAAGAAUCGCCGCACAAAUGUCCUGUUUGCGCCAGGAGUUUCAAUCAGAGGAGCAAUCUGAAGACCCACCUUCUGACGCACACGGACAUCAAGCCGUACCACUGUGCCUCCUGCGGCAAGGUCUUUCGCAGGAACUGCGACCUCAGGAGGCACUCGUUGACCCAUAAUUUGGGCGUAUCAACGUCGCCACCGCCUCCAGGGAUCCCUGUACCUGGCUCCAGUGCUGUUGUCCUCCAAGAGACGUCCUAGUGUUCCGAACAUUCGGACCCCUCACACUCGGAAGUAGAACAAUUUUCUUUUGCACGAUCGAGUGUGCCAGAGGGACCUUGAAAAGACCAAUUUUGUUAUUUCACUGACGAUGAAUUUGAAGAAGAUAAAUUUCUUCUCUUGUCGGUUUCACUUUGGUGCUGUUAACGAUCGUCAAAUAUUUUGCCGUUUACUUUUUGGAAUGAAUUAUAGAUACUUUGCUGAGACAUUCGGGACUCGGCUAAUCGUAAGAUGGGACAUUUUUGCUCCUUGAUUUUUUCAUGUGUAUUUACCUGCGUACGUAUUUGUAGUCGUUUAUGUUUAGAAAGUAAUUUUAAGAGCAUAUUUGGAUGAUGCUACUUACAGAUUUAUAUGCUCGUUACUUGUGUAAUUGUGUUAUGUAGCGUAUAGGUAUGUGGAGUAAGAGUAAGGAGGAUCUUUUUUCUUUUGUAUUUUCACACUGUGUACCUAUGUACUGUGCCCGUUGUGUUUCGUUUGUACGUGUAAAAUAAACUUUUAUUAUAUUAUUUUUUAAA